CGCGCACCAAAAAGCGCUGAAUGGUUCCUAUUGGCCGGCGCUGCGCUCGCGCUCCCCCGCUGUCUCGCACUUCCAGUCAUUUUUCAAGCGCAGGGGUCCCUGGCAGGCGGCCUUGUGAGUCAGCAGGAGGAAAGCGCACACACUCACUCUCUUUCUCUCUCGCUCUCUCAGCUGAAUGCUGUCAAGCUUUCAGAGGCAGCCUUCUGCUCAUUUAAACCACUCAUAUUCAUUUCUACUGGGGAACAUUUCCUGAACCGUUUUGGCUGUACUGACUUUGAGUUUAGUUUUGAAGGGACCUGAAACAGGACCUUUACUUGUUUUGUUUUGUUUAGUUUUUUUGUUUGUUUGUUUGUUUGCAGGAGGACUCUGUAUCUGCAUCAGUGCCUUUGUUUUGACACUGACUAACGUGAUGAAGCCGGCGGCAUCCCUGCACCUCUGGAAGGCCACCACUGUGUUGGCACUGAUGGUGAACCUGGUGCCCCUGAGCCCGGCAACGGAGUACGAGUACCCAGGCUGGAAGCCUGAUUCGUUCGGUGGCGGGCGAGCCUAUGACAAGCCUCCGCAGUGCGUGGCCAUCCCAGAUGACCUGCGCCUGUGCCACGGUGUCGGCUACAACCAGAUGCUGUUGCCCAACUUGCUUGAGCACGAGACCAUGGCCGAGGUGAGGCAGCAAGCGGGCAGCUGGGUGCCUCUGGUGCACAAGGCCUGCCAUCCAGGCACACGCAUCUUCCUGUGCUCGCUGUUUGCACCUGUCUGCAUGGAUCAGCCCAUCUACCCAUGCCGCUGGCUGUGCGAGAGCGUGCGCCAGGGCUGCGAACCCAUCAUGGAGGCGUACGGGUUCCCAUGGCCCGAAAUGCUCGCCUGCGACAAGUUCCCUCAGAAUGACGUGUGCAUCAGCACGCCCAACAACACCGAAACGUCCACGGAGAGCGGUUACUCGCCGGUCUGCCCACCAUGCGACAACGAAAUGAAAACCGAUGCUAUUCUGGAGCACAUGUGCGCCAGCGAGUUUGCCAUCAAGACCAAAAUCAAGGAGGUGAAACGGGACAACGCGGACCGCAAGGUGAUCUUGCAGAAGAAGAAGAAGGCUGUGAAAUUGGGAUCCCUAAAAAAGAAAGACCUGAAGACCCUCACAUUGUAUCUGAAGAACGGCGCUGACUGUCCCUGCUCGCAGCUGGACAACCUGAGCAGCGCGUACCUCAUUAUGGGCCGCAAGACAGACAGGCAGUACCUCAUCACCAGCAUCCACAAGUGGGACAAAUCCAACAAGGAGUUCAAAAAGACCUUGAAGAAACUGCAAAGCCACAAGUGCCCUACUUACGAAAAAGUCUUCAAAUAAUCCAGCAGCGAAAACAACAUUUCCAUCCUACUUUUGAAUGAACUUGCACAUAUGAGCAACCCAAAAAUGCUCCUUUUGUUUAUAUACAGCCUAUAUAUAUAUAUUUCUAUGUAUGUUUCAGACCAACACUUGUAGUUUUUUUUUUUGUGUGUGUGUGUGUGUGUGCGUGUGUGCUGUUUAAGAUAGAGGACUCUAAUUGGAGUGAUUUUACGAAUGGUACACUAUCCAGCAAAGUAUGAAUCAUUACUAAUGUAUAUAGCCAUAUCAGUCCAGAAAGUGUUGGGAAAUUACCAGAAUUCCUCUCGAAUGUAUCAUUAUUUCUUUUUUUUUUUUUUCUCCCCUCUCUGUAAACAUCUAGCUUAUUAGGACUACCCUUCUUCUUUGGAUCAUUUGGAAAGGUACUUAUAUUUUAAACUGUGAACCCUGCACAAAAGAUUUUGAGCCUUGAAUGUUAUCAAGUAUGUUGAACGUUAUGUCUCACAUUUUGGGCAGAAUUUGUUUGCUUUUAUUGUUUUCUUUAUUAUUAUUAUUUUUUUUUUUUUAUUGUACACACAUUAUCAUACACUUUGUGACGUAAUCCACUCUAGAUACCAUAACCUAUAUUCAGUAAUCAAUCCAAAGAUAAUCAAGCUGCUUUUGUAUUCAUUAUGCUGUGAUUGGUAGGUAAUAGAUGUCCUGGUUCACACGUUCAUGUAGAAGACACCACACACAUUUUAAUACUUAACCAAUGACAGAAAGCAAGCUUUGUAAACAACAGCUAUACAUUAUUAUCUAAAUGAAUUUUAGAUCCACAAGAUUGAGAUCUUGUUUGAGUCUUUUUGCUAUUAUUGUGGGGAUAAGUUUUGUGUAUUUUUGACAUUCAUACAAUUCCUACACCAUAUUACAAAAUGCUUCUUUCAUAGUGGUUAAAAAUGCACAAUAUACAUAUCAAAUGACUUCUUUUUUUUUUUUUUUAUUCAGUGUAGCACUAUUAGUUCGAUUUCAGUUCAAAGUGUCUUUUGUAAAAUGUUGCCAAUCAUUUUGUACAUAAAAUUCUAACACGAAUAUAGAAUAAAACUGUGACACAAACACGGCCUGAUCCGCUUCGCACCUUAUUACUUGCUAACGAGUAAACGUUUUUUUUUAAUGGUGUUUUCGAUGGUAUGUGUAUUUUAUGGCACUUGCAGAGAACACUCUGGGAAGAUUAGCUUGCUACCAAACUAACGCUGUAGGACUUAGUAUAAUGUCUGUUAUAUAUAAUACUGUAUGUCAGAAAUGGUCUAUACCCUGUUUUACACACAUAAGCAAGAUAUA